AUGAUAGUGCCGCAACAACAGCAACAACAACAACAAGCACAACACAUGCAAAUGUAUUAUCAUCCACAACAACAGCAACAAGCAACAUUACCACAUAUGAUGCAACAACCACAGCAAGUUCAUCAUUUAAUUCCACAAUCAACAGGAACAUCAUCAUCUAAUCGUGAUCAUCAUCAGCAUUCUCAUCCACCUAAAGAAAUGAAUAAACCAAAAGGUCGAAUGAGCGCAUAUACAUUUUUUGUACAAAAAUGUCGAGAUGAACAUAGAAAAGCAUAUCCAAAUGAAAAUGCUAAUUUUAGUGAAUUUUCAAAAAAAUGUGCUGAAAAAUGGAAGACAAUGACUGAUAAUGAAAAAUCUAAAUUUGCUGCACAAGCUGAAGUAGAUAAACAACGAUUUGAACGUGAAAUGGCUGUUUAUCAACCCGGUGAAAAACGUAAAAAGAAGAAAAAAGAUCCAUUGGCACCAAAACGACCAUUAUCGGCUUUUUUUCAUUAUUGUAAAGAAGAACGUCCUAAAUUAAAAGCAGUAAAUCCAAGUUUAUCUGUUGGUGAAAUUGCUAAAGAAUUAGGUGAUAGAUGGAAUCAUACUGCACCUGAAGGAAAACUAACUUAUGAAGAAUCAGCACAACGAGAUAAAGAAAGAUAUGAAAAAGAAAUGAAUGGUUUCAGAUUAGCAAAUAAAAAAGUUGCAAAAUCAAAUUCAUCAUCUCAAGCAUUAGCACAGCAGCAGCAACAGCAACAGCAGCAGCAACAACAACAACAACAACAACAACAACAGCAACAACAGCAGCAACAACAACUACAGCAACAACAGCAACAACAACAACAACAAUCGCAUCAUUCCGAUCAACAAGUCAGAAUACAUCAAGAAACACAACAACAACAACCGCAACAGUAUUCUUCGACACCAUAUCAAUUACCAUCAUUUAAUCCAAUGCAAACUUUUCAACCACAAGCUUUUGCUCAAAUGAACAAUUUUCAAGAUAAUAAUUUGGCAGCUUCACUUUUUUCUUCUUAUAAUGGUUAUCCAUUGUCAAUGCCACAUAACAAUGUUCAAAUGCAACAAUUCCAAGCAUUACAACAACAACAAUUGCAACAGCAUCUUCAACAUCAGACUUACCAAACUUUAACAACAGCUAAUGCGAAUUCUACGAAUAAUAAUAAUACUACUACUACUACUAAUAAUAAUAAUGGUGACCAACGACAUGAUGAUGAUGAUGAUGAGGAUGAUGAUAAUGAUGACGAUGAUAAUGAAUCUGAAGGUGAUGAUUAG